CAAACAAAUAAAAACAAAAGUGUAAUAAUGGUAUUUUUUAAAAUCACAGAGGAAAUGGAGCGUCACGCAGAUGCAAGAUGUGAUCAAAAAGAAAAAUGAUACUCAUUUAGGGGAAAUGGAAACGUCAAUUCAUGGUUGUCGUCCCGAUCUAAAGUACAGAUCACACAGCGAAAGGAUUGCCAGUGAAACAACAACAAUCUAUCCGCUACCAUGUUAUGUAAACGUUCACUUGCCUCAAAGUCGAUACGAUCUCAUCGUAGCAUCAAGGAUGUAUCACGUAUUUAACGACAUCAGCAAUGCAAAGUACAAAAUACAUAAUAUAUGCAAAAAACGAACGUAAAAAUACUGAAUACGAAAGAGAGAAUGAAAAGAACCCUUUCAAUUUCUCACCUCGCCGAUUAAAAAUAUCGAAAGAAGAUAGAGUACGAAACCAAAGAAUCAGCUACUUUCCAAAUUCCCAGUGCUUCCAACGUCCCUAGAUUGACUUGGUUUCUGCUGUCUUCCCGGAAAUUGUUCAAAUAAUUCAGAAGAUGGUUGUUCGUCUGUAAGAUUAUUAGGGUCAUUUGAUAGGUUUUGAGAAUCGGUUGAGAUUGUAUUCAGUGGGAUGGGAUUAUCACUCGCCAAGAUGUUUCUUUCCAACGUCGCGUAGAAACCAAAAAUGAAGUAAUCCAGAGAUCAAGUUUAUUUAGUAACAGAAUGAGACUGUUUAGUAACUCCUUUAGUAAACAGAAUGAAAAGAUCC